AUGAGUUUCUCAAGACAAUCAAAUGACAUGAAUUCCUGGCAUCUAGUCGGACUGGUAUCCUCAUUUCCAGAUAUCAGCCUAGGUAAUGGCUGCAAAAUCUUACCAGGGUGUAAGACUCUUGGCAUCCCCAAGCCAGAACAUGCCGACCAAGCUAAAUUGAACCGACUAUCGGAUUUAAAUGAUCAGGUACUGGUCUUCAAAUACAAGGGAUUCAUUCAUGCCAUUGACAAUCAAUGUCCACACUCAUCCUUCCCACUGAAGCAAGGCAACGUAUUUGACAUUGAAGACCUAGGAAAUUCCAACGGAGCCGGCAUCAGAUGUUUCAGACAUGGUUGGAAAUUUGACCUUUUCACUGGAAAUGGAGACAGUGGUAGUCAUAAGCUAAACUUGUGGGACAUUGAGCUACGGGAUCCUCCAACUCGAGGGAGUGGGGAAAUUCUUUCAAAUGCAGACAAGGAGGUUUGGGUGAAGCGACCGACAAAAUCUUGA